UUUUAAAUCGGAUGGUUUUCAAAAUUUGUCCCUCAGAAAAAGCAAUAACUAAAAUAUUAAAAAAAGCUGCCUUUUUUAUUUUCUUGUAUUUUGUCGUCUCCACUUAAAACCCUAUCAUCGGUCUCUCCUCAGAUCUCGAGAGCAAUUUUUAGUUGAUCGAUCGAGGGACGAAGAAGGAAAGUUCAAUUCUUUCUGAAUCCUUUUUCCACAUUCAGGAAGAAAACCAUGAACCUAUUCAAGAAGAAGCCCUCAGCCAAAGAGGAGCUGAGGAAUAGUAAGAGGGAAAUGACAGUUGCCACAAGAGGUGUUGAGCGAGAGAUCGCAUCCCUGCAACUGGAGGAAAAGAAGUUGGUGGCAGAGAUAAAAAGGACUGCAAAAAUUGGAUAUGAGGCUGCCACGAGGAUCUUGGCACGCCAACUUAUCCGUCUAAGGCAGCAAAUCACUAACUUACAGGGAACCCGUGCACAAAUAAGAGGGGUAGCCACUCAUACACAGGCUAUGUAUGCAAGUACUUCAAUCUCAGUUGGAAUGAAAGGAGCAAGUAAAGCAAUGGCAGCAAUGAACAAGCAAAUGGAACCAGCGAAGCAGGCAAAGGUGAUGAAAGAAUUUCAGAAGCAAUCAGCCCAGAUGGACAUGACGCUCGAGAUGAUGUCUGAGGCAAUUGAUGAAACUUUGGAUAAAGAUGAAGCAGAAGAAGAAACCGAGGAGCUAACUAACCAGGUGCUUGAUGAAAUUGGAGUUGGCAUAGCUUCACAGCUAUCUUCAGCUCCUAAAGGUCGAAUUGUGGUGAGUAGGAAAGUUGAUAAUGCCUCAAGAACUGUAGCCCCUGCACCUUCUGAUGUUGAUGAUUUGGGAAAGAGAUUGGCAUCCUUAAAGUCCAAAUAGUGAGAGCAUAUUUAGUUAUAGUUAUAGCCUGUACAAUUUGCUUAUUAGAGAAUUUGUUUGUGUUGUUGAUAUAAAAGCAUUAAUCCAUAUAAAUGUUCGAGCAGUGUAAUUAUAUGUACCUUGAAAACACUAGGAUAUUAUCUUCGGAGAUGUGAUAAUGAUGGAGCUUUUCUUAUUGAAUAAACUAAUUCAUGA